UAGAGAUGGAGGAAAAAAUGUGGAAGAGACCAAGACUCCAUCACAACCUAUGAGAAUUUCCACUAAGCAACUGCUCCAGGACUCCCCACCACAACCCAUGUGGGACCCUCUUCACAAAAUGGAUCACCUUCCUCUCUUUCAGCAGUUGUCUUACCUCAAGGUCUUGGAACAUCUUAUAUGGAAGGAGUUUAGUUACAUAUUCUGGGGCAUUUCCUCUCUGUUCCCUGAGUCACUUCUGGCUACUGCCCAUAUCCUCAGAAGCCCUACCUUGUCAGAACGGAAAACCGUGAGGUUUUGUGAUGCCUGUGGCCCUGCCCAAGCUCUAGCCCAGGCUCAAGGACAACCACAGCUUUCCCAGGACCUGCCAUUGCCUCUGAAACUUGUGACACCAAGUGUGGAAGGUGUGGCAUGGUUCCAAGAAAUGGAAAUGGUCCCAAGCUCUACAUCAAACCAAAUGCCACCUUGUUUCAAGAGAAGGACCUGUAGAAUAGCAUGUCCUACCACUGAGAGAGGGACACAGACACCACUAACAACUGAANACCAGUCCUUGCCACAUGGACUGUAUUGGAAAAACACCACAGUUUCUGAUAUCCGAAAACAUCAAGAAGCUAUUUGUAAGCCCACUCAGAACUUGUCCAAGGGCACCCAGCACACUACAGGUAUCAGGUCAGCAUCCAUCCUUCCUGAGAAUUGUCAGAUCAUCCNUAACAAUGAGGAGCCACAGAAUGAAGACAAGGCACCUAAUAUGGGAGAACCACUAGGAACUCCUGUCACACUCCACCCCUCCAGGAAACUGACCCAGUUUCAGGAACAUUUCCCAGCAAACAGUGAUCAUUAUUGUAAAAGCAGGUCUCAACUCUCCCAGGCUGCCCAGCCCUCCAUCCUCUACUCCAAACCCUACAAAUUUAGCAAAAUGAUUGAGUCUGUUCCCUUGGGGGUACCCGUAAAGGAGGACAUAGCAACCUGUGAUAUACAUAACACCAUCAAGAAGGGUAUUGGUCUAGGAGUCAAAGAUGUGCCUUGCACUUCAAGUAACAGCCCUGGGAAGGNGCUAAAAUCCAGGAACCCUGCACUGAGGACAGACACUCUGUCCUACAUGAACCCUUCGGAGCAACAUUUCUUCCUUGACUCAAACACUGAAAGGAAGCUGGAAUCAAAGAGCACAAAGCUCCCAAAGAAACACAGAAGGAGACCACAUCAGGAGGACCUUGAGGCAAGGGAUCUGACCCCACCUGAAGUUCCAGCCUCAAAAGUUCCCCAGGUUGGGUUUGCCUCCUCACCCAUCUGUCGUUCCAAGGCUGAAUACUAUGCCAAGGCUGCCAUGGUCCUGGAAAAUUUACAUCACCAGGAUCCAGGAGGGACAAGGGUGGACAGUAUUUCAAAUGACAGGCUUGAAAGUGCUGACUUUACAUUCUCACCUGCAGAAGUUCAGGGUACCCAAAGAACACCUCCACCUGCUGCCAGCCAUGGGCCCUCAAAAGCACAACCAGAUCCAUUGCAGGGAUACCUGAGUAUUCAGCAACCUGCUUUUUGCUUCCAGGCAAAACCCCCACAGAGUAGAACUAUCCAAUGCACGGGAAAAGGCAAGCUGCAACCAAAUACCAGCCCCAAAAUGCCCAUGCUUACACCAUGGAAGAGGUUUACACAUGUGGACUCAGGACAACCCUGCUGGCGGGUGAUAGUGAUUGAUCCUGAAGAAAAUAUCCCACCUUCAACAGCCAAACAAAGCAAUAUAGUGGAGGAAAAAGAAGAGCCACCUCCUGCAUGGACAGUGAGUCUGGGAUCCAGUGACAUUGACAAUGACCAAGCCAUCAAGAAACUGGAGAUGAACUGCAGUCAGGGACUGAAGACCUGA